AUGUCGACUCCAUUUGGUGUAGAUUUCGGUAACGACAACACAGUGAUUGCUUGUGCAAGAAACCGUGGAAUUGAUAUCAUUGUCAAUGAGGUUUCUAACAGAGCUACCCCAUCCCUUGUGGGAUUUGGAAUGAAGAACCGUUAUAUUGGUGAAACCGGUAAGAACCAACAAGGUUCCAACAUCAAGAAUACAGUGGAUAACUUGAAGAGAAUCUUAGGUUUGAAUUACGAUGACCCAGACUUUGAAAUUGAAAAGAAGUUUUUCACAGCUCCUUUGGUGAAAAAUGCUCAAGGUGGCGUGUCUGCUAAAGUCAGAUACCUUGGUGAACAACAAGAAUUCACUUCGACCCAGUUGGCUGCUAUGUACAUUAACAAGAUCAAGGAUAUUACCCACAAGGAAACCAAGGGAAACAUUGUUGAUAUCUGUUUAUCUGUUCCAGUCUGGUACACUGAGAAGCAAAGACGUGCUGCUUCCGAUGCUUGUAAGAUUGCCGGAUUGAACCCUGUCAGAAUUGUUAACGAAGUCACUGCCGCUGCUGUUGGUUACGGUGUUUUCAAAGCCAAUGAUUUGCCUGAAGGUGAGCCCCGUAAAGUGGCCUUCAUAGACAUCGGUCACUCUUCUUUCCAAGUCUCCAUUGCUGCCGUUAAGAAGGGAGAACUCAAGGUUUUGGGUUCUGCUUACGACAAGCACUUUGGUGGUAGAGAUUUUGACCUUGCUAUUGCCAACCAUUUUGCUGCUGAGUUCAAGGACAAGUACAAGAUUGAUGUCACUGAAAACCCUAAGGCUUACUACAGAGUGUUGACUGCUUCUGAAAAAUUGAAAAAAGUGUUGUCCGCUAACACUCAAGCUCCUUUCAAUAUCGAGUCUGUCAUGAAUGACGUUGAUGUGUCUUCUUCCUUGACUAGAGAGACCCUCGAGGAGUUUGUCCAGCCAUUGUUGGACCGUGUUCACAUUCCUAUCGAGACUGCAUUGAAGGAUGCUGGACUUACCGCUGCCGAUAUUGACUCUGUGGAGUUGAUUGGUGGAUGUACUAGAGUUCCAUCUCUUAAGGCUAGAAUCAGUGAAGUUUUCGGAAAGCAAUUAUCAUUCACAUUGAACCAAGAUGAAGCCAUUGCCAGAGGAAAUGCUUUCAUUUGUGCUAUGCACUCUCCAACCUUGAGAGUCAGACCUUUCAAGUUUGAAGACUUCAACCCAUACUCAGUGUCCUACUUCUGGGACAAAGACGAGGAGGAUGAUGACCACUUGGAGGUUUUCCCAAGAGGUGGUUUGUUCCCAUCCACCAAGGAUUAUUACCUUGUACAGAAAGGGUGA